ACACGUACGCUUAGGAGACAAAUACAUAAUGUUGUGUACUAGACAGAUUGCUUCUCGCACAUUAGCGCUGCGCACGGCCCGUUGCGGUCUUUCAUCAACGACGCGAUGGAUGAGCUCCGCCGCUGAGGAGAGCGAGUCUGCCAAAGCGUUUCGUGUCGAGCCUCACUCCACCGGAAAAAUGACCGAUCUCGGCACACGCCGUAUCUUUAACGAAGAGCACGACAUGUUCCGUGAAACCGCUCGUAAGUACUUCGAUGAGGAGUGCAAGCCCCACACUGAGAAGUGGGAGGCUGCCGGUAUGGUAGAUCGCUCCGCUUGGCUCAAGGCCGGCGAGCUUGGUCUGCUAGGAUGCACCACACCCGCUGAAUACGGAGGUUCCGACUGCGAUGCUAAAUACGCCGCCAUUGUGUGGGAAGAGCAGGCGUAUAGUCUGUGCACCGGUCCUGGAUUCGCACUGCACUCCGAUAUUGUCAUGCCUUACAUCAACCACUACGGAAGCGAGGCGCAGAAGAGCCGCAUCCUACCCAAGAUGGCUUCUGGUGAGUUCAUUGGCGCUAUUGCCAUGACUGAGCCUGCUGCUGGGUCUGACUUGGCUGGUAUGAAGACCACUGCGCUUAAGAACGAGGACGGCACAUACAGUCUAAACGGUUCUAAGGUGUUUAUCACUAACGGAGCUAUGGCCGAUGUCACCAUUGUGUGCGCCAAGACUGCGCCCGAGAAAGGUCCUCACGGUAUCUCGCUAUUCCUGGUAGAGACUGGCAUGCCCGGUUUCGAGCGUGGAAAGAACCUCAGCAAGAUGGGCAUGAAGGCCCAGGAUACCUCCGAGUUGUUCUUCGAGAACGUACAGCUGACCGAGGCCAACCUUCUGGGUAAAGAGAACCACGGUUUCUACUACCUUAUGCAAGAGCUACCUCAAGAACGUCUUCUAAUCGCCGAUAUGGGAGUUGCCGCAGCCGAGGCUGUGUUUGAGCUGACCCGUGACUACGUUAAGGAGCGCAAAGCGUUCGGCAAGCCCUUGGUAGCCCUUCAGACCAUCCGCCACAAGUUGGCUGAGUUGAAGACUGACAUUUGCCAGGCUCGUUCAUUCAUCGAUAACUGCAUUGAGCUGCACUCCAUUGGCAAGCUGGACACUGCUACCGCAUCCAUGGCAAAGGUCGUCGGAACAGACUUGCAGCACAAGGUUGCUGACGAGUGUGUUCAGCUUCACGGAGGUUGGGGAUACAUGUCCGAGUACCCUGUGUGCAAGGCCUUCCUUGACGGUCGCGUACAGAAGAUCUACGGUGGAACUAACGAGAUCAUGAAGGAGGUAAUCUCAAGAGAUAUCGUCGCUUAAGCAACGGUAGUAUAUAAAUGACAUAAAUAAACAACAAUUGAGCAUA